UUUGCUUAACUAAUACAGUGUCAUUCUCAAAUUAUUCUUGGCACAGCCCACUCGCGGUAUUCGUCCAUUAAUUGUAGGUGAUUAAAAUAGUGUCAAUUAUUUUUCUUCUUCGUUUUGGUAUUCAUGCUCGAUGUAGGCCAUAGAGAUGUUAGUGAAAGUGAUGGACAGCGUUAUACUUCAGUUCGUUUGGAUCUGUUAUAUCAUCUAUAAUGUAUUUUGGUCUUUGGCAAAAUCAGGCAGAAAACUGGACUCUCCAAACCAACUACAACUCACUACAAAAAACCACAUUGAUAGGAGGCACUUCAUUCACUUGUACACUUGUAAAUCAAACACCGGGGAACAAACAUGCUGCAUGGACGUUUACCAACUUCUCAAUCCCUUGGAUGAAGAGAAACUUCGUAUAGUCUUUUCCAAGGGUGCUCCUACCAAAACCUACCUGAGGCACAAUCAGGGGCACAACCAGUACUUUCCGACACAUGGAGGAGGCAUUCGACCGUGACUCUGUAACCAAGCAAUGGAAAACUAGCCAAAAACAUCGGUCAUCACUACUUGAAAUGGAAAAUUCAACGUUUAGAGAAGGAUAUUCCCGAAAAUACGUAAAAUUCUGGGCCCUCUUAAGGGCCAUAUUGUAAUAUAAAUAUGACUUUGUCGAGAGAUAAGAGAUAAAAAACGAAAAUUUUCAUUCAAAAUACUUUGUUAUUUCUUCACUAGUAAAUGAACAUAGUUUUUGUACCAUAUUGAACGAAAGUCAUUUUUAUGGACCUUCUUUUCAGAUGUGGAAGGUGAAAAUUCCCAAAGAAAGUCGAUAAAAAUGUUUGAACUGUAUCAUUGAUUUCUCAUAAGAGACGUAGAUGAAUAGUUGAAUAAAUCUUUUGAUUUC